AUGGAUGACGUCUUUUUUGAAAGAUACAAAAAUAAAGAAUGGUAUGGAAGAUACAAUUUAAAUAAACUAUUAAUAAACAUAAAUGAAGAAGAAUAUGAUGAAAAAUUCGGGAAUGAAAAUUUUUAUGAAAUAUUUGAUCGAUACAACAAGGUAUCAUUUAAUACAAAAAUAUAUGAAAAAAUCAUUAAGAAAAUAUGUUAUCGAAAUAAUUUGAAAUAUGUUAAUUAUUAUGUUAAUAAUUUUGAAAAAAUAAAAGACAUUAAAGUGUUAAAGGAACGAGGGGAAGAUAGGAUAUGUGUUUUAAUACUUUGUUUGAAUUAUAUAUAUUGUAAUAUAAAUAAUGAAAUAAUGACAAUAUAUGAGUUAAAAAACCAAAUUAAAAGAAAUCUAGAUAAAAAAAGAAAAGUGUAUUGUAAAAAUUUAGCAAAAAUUAUAUUUAAUAUUUGUAAUCGAUUGAAAAUUAAAAAUUUUAUGAAUAAUGAUUUUUUACCAUAUAUGGAAAAAUAUAUUAUAACCAUAAUUAAUAAAAUGAAAUUAUUAAAUAGCAACGCCAUUGAUCUUAAAAAGACUUUGCAAGUGCAGGAAAAAAAACUUAAUGCUUUUGAUGACAUAUUUGAAUAUAUAAACAAUUUUAAAGAUAAUUCUGAAUUGAUAUUAGACAAAUCAGAUAAUCUAACAACAAAUUUGAUAGAAAAUGAUGAUGACACCCUUAUUGAUCACUCUAUUGUAUCCCUAGAAAGGUCGAUAGGAAAAUCAGCACCCGAGUCAAUAAAUAAUGAAUAUAGCGAUGAAUUUAUCAAUAAAAAUGAUAAUAAGGAUAUCUUAAAAAAAACAUUGAAAGUAAAAAAUGGCGAUCAAUAUACGCAUGACAAUAAUGAUGCAAUAUCUGAGAAUAUUCACGCAAAUGAUUAUUUUUUUUAUAACUAUAUUUUCUCUGAACGUGCAGAUAAAAAUGAUGAACAUUCUUGUGACAAUGACAGUGGUUAUUCUAAUACUAGCGAACAGUUGGUUGUUAUUAAUAAAAUGGGAAGAAAAAAAAAACAAAUUCCAAACAGUAAAAUGAAAAAUAAGAGAAACAAUGAAAAUGAUAAACUAAAAAAAGUAUAUAAUACAACAAUUUCAAAUUUAAGUGAGGAUAAAAAAAAACAAUACCCCCAAAUAUUAAUUGAAUACUUAGAAAAAAAUUUUAAACCACUUUCUCUAUAUUCAUGUAUCUUAUAUUCGUUUUUUAUUAUAUGGAAUAAAAAAGAAAAUAUGGAUACAAAUUUAUAUCAUAAUAAAAGUAGAUGGAGUGGUGAUAAUUUGCAUUAUUUUUUAUGUUCAUCAAUAAUUAUAACAUUUAAUAUUUUCAAUAUAAAAAUAACAGAUCAAUUUAUUUGUUUUUGUCUAGAUGUUAAUCAACAAACAAUAAUAACCCAAAAAAAAGAAAUUCUAGAGUUUUUCUUAUUAACAUUUAAUGAAUUUCUUGGAUUUAAUUUAAAUAAACACAGAGAUGUUUUUUUUUGUCUAAGAAUAAUAUUUAGCAACUAUUUAUUACUACAAAUGUAUUUAUUCUAUAUUAUAAAAAAUUAUGAAUUAACUAAUAAAAGAGAUUUUUUUUUGUCGUUAGAAUUGCUGCAAAUAUAUAUAGCCAAAUAUUUUAGAAAUAUAAAUAAAAAUUUUCUUAAUUUGUCAGAUAUUAUAAUAGAUUAUAAUUUUUUGUUUAGUUCAGAAUAUGUUUAUAAAGAUUUCCACGAAAUUAUUUCACAAAAUUAUGAUUUAAUACAUACUAAAAAGUUAUUAAAAAAUGUUAUAAAAAAACGUUUAUCAGAGAAUGAAAAAAAAAUAUUUCAAGAACACAGCUUUAAUGAGUUAUACGAUAUAGAUUUAAAAAAUAUAAAUAUGUACAUGAAAAAAAUUUUUUCUUAUAACAUAUUUAGUGAUCAUAGAUUAAAAACAAAUUUUGGUAAACAUGGGGAAAAUAAUCAGUGUAUGGAUCAAAAAAAAAAUGAUAAUAUUAAUGAAAAUUCAAGCAAACAAUUUGAAAAUAGUGUAAGAAAAAACAAUAAUGACAGUAGUGUUUAUGGAAGUAAUACGAAUAACGCCGAUAAAGCUAAUUAUUCAGAAAAUUAUACAAUUCUUUGUAAAGACAGAGAGAUAUUGUCAAGUUAUGAUAAUAUCCGUGCAGGCAAUUAUUGUAAAGAUAACAAAGAAAAAGAAUUUAUCAUUUUCAGGCAUAAUAGUAGCAUAUUAUAUAACUCAAAUAAAAAUAAUAAUGAAGAUAGUGAUACUUAUGAUAAAGAAACUGAGAAAAUAAAUAACGAAGAAAAUAAUUAUGAGAACUAUUAUGAAAAUGAUAAAGUUAAUACAGCAUGGGAAAAUAAAGUAGACAGCUGGAAUACAACUAUAAAUAAUAAUGAUGGAAAAUAUUUGGAAAAUGAAAUGAUAAUAAAACCAAGUAUUAUAAAAAUUGAAGAAGAAAAUAAUUUAACAAGUGUAGAAAAUUUAGAUGAUGUAUUUAUAAAAUAUGAAAUGAAGUCAAGCAAUAAUAAAUUAGCUAAUUUUAUAAUAGAAAAUAGUAGUAAUUUAAAAAAAAAUGAACGAUUUAUUGAUUUUUUUAAUUAUAUUCAUGUUUUAAAAAAAAUUAAUUUGUCUACAAUAAAUGAAACAAAUUUCGAAAUAAUGCAUUAUUAUAAUAUAAAAAUAAUUGUUCGAUUUUUAUUUUUUAAUAUAUUAAAGAGUAUUAUAUAUAAUUGUUAUUGCGCUGAGUUUUUUACUCCAAAUAAAAUACAUCAAUCUAUUACUAAUCGAAAAAACCUUAAAAAUGUAUCCCCACUAUUUAAAGGCCAGAUAAAUAAUCUCAAUGACCAAAUAAAAAAUAAAGUAGCUAAUAAAAUUAAAGACUUCAAAAAUAAAAAACAUAAUUUUGAAAAAUAUCUUAUUUGUGAACAAGCCUUUUACAUAAAAUUUUUUAAAAAUUCAAAAGUAUUUAAAGAAGAUAUUCAAAAAAUUUUAGAGGAUAACAAUAUAGUCCUACAAAAUGUUAAAACGUUGUUAUAUUAUUCUGACAAUGAAGAAGGGGAAAAUACAAAUAAUGGCACUCAGUCAAAUAAUUAUGAUAACAAUUAUUUGAAUGCUCCUAUUAAUUUGUUUGAAAAAUUGGAAGGUUAUGUAAACAAUUGUAAUACUAUUUAUGAUACUACGAGCCACUAUGAAAACAAUAUAAAAAAUAAAAAACGGAGAGCACAUGAUAUAAAAAACACUAAUCAAAAUGAAAAACACCAAAAUGAUCUGAUUAUAUCUGAUACUUAUGUUCCUUCAAAAAAAAAAAAUAAUAAUAAAAUCAAUAAGAAUAGUGAUAAUAAUCGAAGCAAAAAUAAGCAAAAAAUAAAAAUUCAUUUAUCUUCUUUAGACAUUAUGAAUGAUAACUCAAAAGAUUCCAAAAAAUAUAAUAGUACAAAAAAUGAAUCAUUCAAUUUAUUUGAAUAUAUAUAUAAUAUUAAAAUGAUGAAAGAAUAUAAGAACUUAGAAAUAUUAUUUGGACAAAAUUAUUUCACUGAAUUAUUUAAUAUAUUUAAUAAUGUUAAUUAUUCAUUUGGUAGUAAAAAAAAAAAAUUAAUAAAUAUGAAUAGUUGUUUAUUUCAUACUUAUCACAUAAUAGGCAUUAAAAAAAUAUCAAAUAUUGGUUAUAACUUUACUUUUAAAAGCGAACUUAAUAAUAUAUAUUCUAAAGUAUUAAAAACCAAAAUUUCAAAUGUACUAUCAAUACAAGACAUCAAUUAUUUAUUUAACAAAUUUUUUUAUUUUCUCUUUAAAUAUAUUAAGUUACAUUGUUGCUUCUCACAAACAAACGGCGCUAAUUUAUAUUUUCAUCAAAGUGAUCACGAUUUGUCUACUAUUUGUUUAUGUAACACAGACAGGUGUUGUUAUAAAAUAAAAACAAUUGUCUUAUUUGAAAACUUAUAA